ACAUAACAAAGCUCGAAUGCAUACAUAAAUACUAUAUAUUUGAAUUUCCAAAUUGCAAACAUCAACUCUUUAUACCAUAUAUUUGAAUGCCUAAAAGUAAACGUUACACACAUAUAUUCAACGUUAGCCUUUCAACUCAAGGAAACGUUUACUUUUGGGCACCUAUUCUUGGAAUUAUAUAUCUCUGUGUAUGUGUGCGGUUCUUUGAGUAUCAAUGGAAGAUCUGUGUGUGUGUAUGUAGUUCUUUGAGUAUUAAUUAAUCUUCUUCAUCUUCCAUGAAUCGCAACAUCUACACAGCCAUGGGUUCCCUUGAGCAGAACAAUAAUUUUAACAGGGAAGAAAAAGAGCAGAGGUAUAAGGAAAUGAAAGACAAACUCUACAAGCAGGACGAGCGCAUCCGAACCCUCCAAUCCUCCGCCUUCCAACUCGCGAACUUCUACUUCGUCUUCCAAGGCGUCAUCCUAACCUCCAUCUUCAACAGCUCCGGUGCUCUCGCCACGGUCGACCGGUCUUUCCUCUUCCUCCUCUCCCUCCUCGCCGCCCUCCUCAACCUCUGCGUCUUCUACACCACCGCCCGCAAGUGCAUGAAGCUCAUGAACGAGCACGACAAAAACUUGGACUUGUGCGCCAAGCUUCGAUCUGAGCUGAUCGAGCCCAGAGGGACAACUACCGGUCCCCUUGACGUCGAUAAGUUCGACAAGUUCAAGCGCGGCAGUUACCUGGUAUUGUGCAUGGCGUUCCUGCUCAUCUUCACCCUGCUUACGCUUGUGGGGUGUUGGGUUCUUCACAGGGAAGAUGAUAAGAAAAUGUGUUGCGGCAGCCAAAGCCCUCAAGAUAAUAACGUCGACCAAAAUAUUGGGCGUGUGUUCAAGCUUUGUGAAGGCAGUUAAAGAAAUCUCUUUAUGGGCUGAAACAAUCUCCAAGACAAUAGUAUAAACGAUUUGAUUCGUACAUGAUGAAGAUUGGCUACAAACGGUGCGAGUGUGAUUGUUGCAUUUAUAUAAAUAAACUUGAGCAUGGUUAUCUUAUUUUCUUGUUAUUAUACGUCAAUGACAUGUUGAUAGCUACAAAAGGAUUUAACUGAGGUAAAUCAGUUAAAGAACCUGUUUAAGGAAUUUGACAUGAAGGAUCUUGAAUCAGUCAAAAAAAUACUUGGGAUGGAGAUUCGCCAAGGCAAGACUGCAAAAUGAUUAUGGCUAUCUCAAGGCGGUUAUGUGCAGAAGGUGUUUAAAAGGUUUAAUAUGACUGAUACAAGACCAGUGUGUACACAUCUAGCAAAUCAUUUCAAAUUGUCUACUGCAGAUUGCCGAAGUUCGAAUGAGGAAAUUCGGGACAUGUCAAAGGUCCCUUAUGCUAGUGUUGUGAGGAGUUUAAUAUAUGUCAUGGUAUGUACGAUAGCUGAUUUGGCACAUGGGGUAAGCAUGAUGAGCAAGUUCCUCUCUAAUCCAGGAAGGCAAUAUUAAGAAGCUAUAAAAUGGAUACUCAGAUACUUGUAGGGUACAUCAGGAUAUGGCAUCAUGUUCGGAAGGCAAUGGGGUUGUCCUUCAGUUAUAGGGUUUGUUAAUGCAAAUUAUGCUGGAGAUAUAGAUGACAGAAGGUUUACAAUGGGAUUUGUCUACCCUUGUAGGAGGACUGGUAUGUUGAAGAUCCAUGGUACAAUUUCUAGUUGUAUUGUCCACGACUGAGGCGGAAUAUACGAUAGUUUCUGAAGCUGCAAAGAAAGCCUUAUGACUUAUUGGUUUAGUCAGAGAGCUAGAGUUACAGUAAGAUAGUGUGAUGCUGCAUUGUGAUAGUUAAAGUGUCAUUUACUGGGCGAAGAAUUAGGUAUACCAUGCUAAAACCAAACACAUUAAUGUGAGGUUCCAUAGGGUUCGAGAAUUGAUUGCUUUUGGUGAACUUGUGUUGGAGAAAGUUCACAUAUCUGAUAAUGUAGCAGAUAUAUUAAUCAAAUCAGUUACUUCAAAAAAGUUCAAGCAUUGCUUGAACUUACUUCAUGUCUCCAAGUGAUAGAAGGGAGACAUACCCAAAAAAUUAGUUAUCAACUUAUCAUUCACACUGUUGCACAUUUUAUGGGAUAUAUGAACAUCUUCUCACUUUGUAAUUAA